GGUCCACGUGUGAGUGUUCGCUCCAGACUGUGGGCUUCCCUCUGCAGUAGGAAUCCCCGAUAUCGUCGUCUCCGCUAGCUCUGGUUACAUGGUCUAGGUCGUAACUGCCUGGGCUAUAGCUCAGGUUGUAAAACUGUACACGUCACUAGGACUAAAUAUAUAGGCAGUGAGACCAUAGCUGUAUGAAUGUUGUGUGCCGAUUCAUGAAAGGACAUUUACUAUCCAUGCCGAUAAGAGGAAUCCCUGUUGUGAGCAAGUGUAAUACAAGGAGGUAGUAUUUGCGGGUACCCCGACUGUUAACAUGGGAAACAACACGAGCAGGAAGGACCAACGCCGAUCUCGGCCUGGGGGACAGGCUGUGCAUGCCCUGAACAAGAUAGAAGAGCUCCGAGGCCCCUCCGUAGAUUCCUAUGACAAGCUAAUUGCCUGGCUUGCAGAGAUGGCAGAGAAUGAUAAUGUGGAGCUCGACACAUCAGUGUUUGUCAAACAUUUGAGUCGAGUGUGUGAUGGGUCCAAACCAAAUAAGAAAGGUCAACCAUUCCGUCAGAACUCAGCGUCAUGCGAAUCCCACACAAGCCACGCAAGUUCGGGAUCCCAACGUUACAAUAGGUCCACGCGGUCUGUGGAUGACAAUCUGGACCCAAGGUACAUUCUUAGGCAGGCACUGAACAGUCGGCAAGGAACGUUUGCGAGUAGUGACGAUUAUGAGGAGUCUGAAGAUGUGAGGAAUGCAUCAAUGGAGAGUCUGUACAGUGGUUCAGACAGGGACAGUGAGCUAGAGAGUAUAGCCACAUGUGAUUCUAGUAUAAGGAGUGGAAAGCAUCCCAAAUAUUACGACUUCAAGAAAUUUGUGGGACCAAGUGGGCGAUAUGCCUACAGCUCCAGUUUAGGAGAUCUGGACAGACUGGACAAACAGCCACCGAGUUUGAACCUUGUGCUCAAUGCCCGACGGAAAAGCGUCAGCCUCCUCGACUUAUCUCCCCCUGAUCGAGAUUGCUUUGACUUUGAAGAACGCCAGGCACCUUCUCCUCCACCCGUUACUCACAAAGAUGACAGCUUCCUGGACGACAAACUGCUCGAUGGCAACAUCGCAGACAUCUUGUUUUCAGUGGAGGCUCUAUGGGGCAAGUGAGGAUCUACCGGCUCCAUUUGUUGGUUUCAGCUUUUGUUGAGCGGUUUCUGCUUCACUGGUCACGUGCCACGGUUUCUGUCCUGCAAUGGAGUGAUUGGUGGUUUGCACUUGAUACUGUGGGAAUUUGUUCCUGCACACACCACGCUUUGCACGUGCAAUUUCUACACAAGAUGCACUUCCGGUACAAGGUGAAGGACACACUUCAACGUUUCUCUAAAUGUAAGACCUUUGUCAAAUAAUUUCAUGGACAUAGUGCAUUGUCGAGAUCUGUUAUUGGUGCUGCACAAUGCAAUUUGAGCUAGGUGAACAAUCUCGACAAAACGCACAGAUUAGCGUUGAACCGGAAACGAGGUGAGCAAUAUAGAGUCGGGUGGCAAGAAAAGAGUCCGCCAUGUUGAAAAAGUGUCUAGUCGUUUGUGGAUACAACACUACAGUCCCCAAGUGGGAAACGUUGUAUGGGAUAGCCAGAGAUGCUUGAGUGCUCUGGCCCCCUAAAAGAUACAAAACACAUCGAUAUAUCACAUGUCAUACUCAAUCUUUGAUAUAUUACAGUAUAUCUAUCUUUAUUGUGUUGUUUUGUUUCCUUGUUUCAUAAUCAAGUUGAAACCAUUGGCAUAGGCAUAUAAUCAUAAUAUUUUUUGUCUUUGAAUUGAAAUUGAAAUAACACUUCUGUAGUUUUUUUCAUAACGGUGAAUAUACGGCAAAACUCCUCCAGAACCAUAAAUAUAGACUCCUUUGCGUUUAUCUUUUCAUAAAAAUUAAUAUAAAUCCUAGUUUAACUACAUAAAAUUUGUUAAACAAUUACGAUUUCUCAUAAUCGUCGAAAGCGUUUUGUCGUUGAUAUUUACCCGGACAGUUACCCGCACUUUACAGAACAUAGCAUACACUACAAAAAUGUGUACUAUAUAUUGAAUAUGAGCAAAAAUCGACUUUAUGCAAAUAUUUUUAUGUUCUAUAUAGACAUAUGUUUCUUCUAGCUAGUACUGUGAAGAUGUUAAAUGUCUGUGAGUAGGUAUCAUUACGUGUUUCUAUAAAAGACAAGGGUUUUACCUGAACUUCAUGGCGUCCUUUUUACCACUGCACACAACUUGAAUUGUCUAAAGACAGUUAUAGAUGUAUUGUUAACAUGCAGUGUCCUCACGUAGACAGUUGGGUACAUGAACACAUAUCUACAUGUAGGUUUUUUUCUCAGUUGACAACUGAUAGUUUUGGUAGUAUUUCUAUGUAGUAUGGACAGCAUAGAAUUGUUACGGUGCGAUACAAUCAAUGUUUUUGAAGUAUUUUAAGGAAUAGUCGAGUCAGUGCAGAGACUUUGUUCCAGAAAGGUACACCAGGUGAGGUGUUGGUGAUUAGUAUUUCUAAAGUGAAUAUUUCUCAUUCUUUCUAAAUAACUGUAUUUCAGAAUUAACCCUUUAUGUUUCUCCUUGUUGUCGAUUUCUAAACAGUGAAGUAAUUUACAUGCUGCAGUGUCAAAGCGUCUGAAGUUCAUCUGUUUUUGAAGAAAACUCUAUCAAAAAUUGUUUGAGUUCAUACAUAAUCAUACUGGCUGUAUUAUUAACACUUGUAUAUCCAUUAGGAUAUAUUUGUUUCCAAUAAUUUAUGUCAAAGUGACUUCUUGAUGUUUCACUGUUAUUAAAACAAAAUGCUAUUGAUAUCGAGAAAGAAACAUUCUAAAAUAAUCUGAAGAGGAAACAUCAAUAUUAAAAACAUCUUCCUGGGCCAAGGGAUUGGACUGAUUGUAAAAGUCCAGUUUCCACCCUUGCCGAACUAGGCUGUAAUUUCUGGGCUCGAUCGUAGCGCCACCAGUGGCUAUUACGAAUUAUGUCCCUUCUAUGUCGCUCCUAUUGGCCAAUCAGAUUUCA